CUUGCACUUGUUUCUUGUUUCGUAAAUAUGCGUGUGGGAACAGGUAACUUGAUUCUUGUGGUAAUCCUGCUGGGCUUGUCGUCCCAAGCUGCACUCAGCCAAAUCCUGCUGCAGGCCUUCGAUUGGGAGUCAUGGAACAAGGGAGGAUCCGGAUGGUACGACUACCUGCAGAGCCAGGUCGACGACAUCGCCGCCGCCGGGAUCACCCAUGUGUGGCUACCACCGCCGUCGCACUCCGUCGACGCGCAGGGUUAUCUUCCGGGGCGGCUGUACGACCUGAACGUGUCCCAGUACGGGAACGAGACGCAGCUGAGGGCCCUCAUCGCGGCGUUCCACGGUAAGGGCGUCAAGUGCAUCGCCGACAUCGUCCUCAACCACCGCACGGCGGAGAGCAAGGACGGCCGCGGCGUCUACUGCAUCUUCGAGGGCGGCACGCCGGACGGCCGCCUCGACUGGGGCCCCCACAUGAUCUGCCGCAACGACAGCUACUCCGACGGCACGGGCAACGCCGACACCGGCCUGGACUACGAGCCGGCGCCGGACCUCGACCACCUGAACGACGUCGUCCGGAGCGACCUCACGGGGUGGCUCGAGUGGCUGAAGAGCGACGCCGUCGGCUUCGACGGCUGGCGCCUCGACUUCGCCAACGGCUACUCCCCGGCCGUCGCCGGCGGGUACAUCAACAGCACGGCGCCCGACGUCGCGGUGGCGGAGAUAUGGACGGACUUGGCGUACGAGCAGGACGGGAGGCCGCGCGCCGACCAGGACGCGCACCGGCAGGUCCUCGCGGACUGGGUGGACGCCGUCGGCGGCCCCGCCGCGGCGUUCGACUACACCACCAAGGGCAUCCUCCAGGCCGCGCUCAACUACAGCCAGCUGUCGUGGAUGAAGGACGCCCAGGGGAGGGCGCCCGGUCUGGUCGGCCUGCGCCCACAGCAGGCCGUCACGUUCGUCGACAACCACGACACCGGUUCAAAGACGCAUCAGCUCUGGCCGUUCCCGCCGGCCAACAUCUUGCAGGGCUACGCCUACAUCCUCACGCAUCCAGGGACCCCUUGCAUCUUUUACGACCAUUUCUUCGAUCCGAGCAUGAAAGACCAGAUCACUACGAUGAUGAAGAUAAGGACGCGGAACAAGAUUGGGCCGGCCAGCAAGUUGCGGAUUCUCCUCGCUGAAAACGACGCAUACGUCGCGGAGAUCGACGGCAGUGUGCUAACCAAGGUCGGACCUAGGUAUGAUGUCAGCAAGUACGUUCCUGACGGGUUCCUGGUGACCACCAGUGGAAGCGAUUUCGCAAUAUGGGAGAACAGCUCCGUUGUGCAAAUGAACACACCGCCACCGUCAACGUCAACAACAAGGUCGCGGAGGUGGGUGACGCCAGUCGUCGCCACGGUUGCGCCGCUCUCGGCCUUGCUCGCCUGCGGUGCGGCAGUGAUGCUCCUGUUCCGGCGACAAAAGAGGAGGAGCAGGCAGCGGCGUCUGCCGGGCAGUGUCGACGCAACUGGUGAUCACUCCGAUGACGAGGAAGACGACGACGACCGUGACCAAGCAGAUUUCGAAAAAGGGGUGGUCGGGCCUAGAAGGUACCACUACCGCGAGCUGGCGGCGGCGACCGGCAACUUCGACGAGGAGAACAAGCUCGGGAGUGGCGGCUUCGGCCCUGUCUACCGCGGCUACCUCGCGGCGCAGGACCGCCACGUCGCCGUCAAGGUGCUCUCGCCGGAGACCUCCACACAGGGCCGCAGGCAGUUCGAGGCCGAGGUCCGGAUCAUCAGCCAGCUGCGGCACCGCAACCUCGUCCAGCUCGUCGGCUGGUGCGAGAGCCGCCGCAACCGCAGGGGCGGCCUCCUGCUCGUCUACGAGCUCGUCGCGGAGGGCAGCCUUGACCAGCACCUCUACGGCGUCGCGGAGCGCCUCCUGGCGUGGCCGGAGAGGUACAGGAUCGCGGCGGGGCUCGGCGCCGCGCUGGCGUACCUGCACGAGGAGUGGGAGCAGUGCGUGGUGCACGGCGACGUCAAGCCCAGCAACGUCAUGCUGGACUCCUCGCACACCGCCAAGCUCGGCGACUUCGGCCUGGCGAGGCUCCUCGACCACGGCGUCGUGCCGCGCACCACCAGGGUCGUGAUGGGUACCAUGGGCUACAUGGAUCCGGACCUGGUGACCACGCACAAGCCCAGCAGGGCCUCCGACGUGUACAGCUUCGGCGUCGUGCUGCUGGAGGUCGCCUGCGGCAGGCCGGCCACGGAGGAGAUGCCCGACGGGGAGACGCUGGCGCUACCGGAGUGGGUGUGGGAGCUCUACGACCGCGGCGCCGUGCUGGAGGCCGCCGACGGUAGGCUGGACGGUCAGUUCGACGUGUGGGAGAUGGAGCGCAUGCUGGUAGUAGGGCUCUGGUGCUCGCAUCCGGUGCCCAGGGAGCGCCCGUCCAUCGUGCACGCUCUGAACGUGCUGCAGUCCCGGGACGCCACCCUGCCGGCUCUCCCGACGAACGUGCAUCGUGGCGCCGCGGCGCCAACAGCUGGGUUCAGUGCGUACGUUCACUCUAUGUCGUCCGUCGGUAGCGUUGGAGAACCAUGCUGAUAUGAUACUAGUGCCACCCAGGAUCUAAAAGUAUAUAGGGUCUGUUUUGGUUGCCUGGCUCCCUUCUAGUCUGUCUAGGAAUAUUAAGACUGUCUCCAGCAAGUCAAGAUAGAGUUAUUUGAUUGCCUA